AUGAAUCUGACCAUCAUAGUUGACAGACCGCACCAACUGCUUGAUAUCCAUUUAGCGGUCGCUGAGGUCGCGUUCCACAACGCUCCACUUAACAUAUUUGCAUGCUUCACGGACCCUUGGGUCUUCUUUCCAAGAUUUCACGGUCCAUUCGCUUCUGGAUGGCGGGAGAUCGCGCGCUUCCCGAGCGGCUUGGGAUCGACCGGUGUCGUCGCGCCACUGAGCGAUCUCGCGGGGCCCACGGCAGCGGCGGACGCGCGCAUGCGUCGAGCCACGCCGCCGCCCGCCCUCCGCCGCGGAGUUACGCUAUCCCUACAAGCGCCGCGCCAUAACUCCCCUUUGGACUCAGUGGCCGCCCGCGCUAACGUUCGCCUUGGAGCCACGAUGGAGACCGGAGUG